AUGUGCUUUUCUUUUCAGAACAUUUGUAUAUUAGAAUAUCUAUACAAUUUUCUCUUUGUUUUAGUGCACUAUCUAUCUAUCUAUCUAUCUAUCUAUCUAUCUAUCUAUCUAUCUAUCUAUAUAUAUAUUGAUAUAAAAUAUAAUAAGUAUCUAUCUAUCUAUCUAUCUAUCUAUCUAUCUAUCUAUCUAUCUAUCUAUCUAUUAAUUUCUUUCUUUCUUUCUUUCUUUCUUUCUUUCUAUCUAUCUAUCUAUCUAUCUAUCUACAUGAGAUUCGUCAUAUCUUUCUAUGUAUCUGGCAACUUAAAUAUUAUAUUCAUAUCUAGGUUAAACUUUUCAUUAUCUAUCUAUCUAUCUAUCUAUCUAUCUAUCUAUCUAUCUAUCUAUCUAUUAGUACAAAGCAAGUUACACCGUAAUUCGAAACGGCUCACUUCUUUCUCUCCCACUGUCUCUCUCUCUUUCUCUCUUUGCUCUUACCCUGGCUUUGUUAUUUAUUCAAGGUGUCGAACGCCGACAGUAUUUUUUCUUUUUUAA